AUGGAACCCUCGCCGACCGGCAAACAAAACGGACAGCAGAUGACCAAAUGGUACUAUGCCCGGAACCGUUUUCAACCCGCCCAGCGUGCCGCCGUCGUUCGUCCACCCUCGCCAACUAUUGGCCACGGUUCUAAACGUCUCGUCCGGCCACGUACCCCGAGCUGCUCUUCUUUUGACGGCGAAAAAGAAGACAAAUCCGUCGCCACGCCAUCGUCGUCGCUUUCUUCACCGGUCGACCUGCAAAUAAAGCCGGGCACGGUGGCGGAAACUAAACGGGUCUACUGCGCGAUCGCCAGGUCCGCGGAGGCCACCAAGAUGACUCGUGGUGUACAAGAAAAAAAGCGCUACGGCGGCGUAGCCAUGCCCACGGCGGACACAGUUCAGCCGCCGCUGCCCCCGUCUGAUCACAAUCGUUCCGACAACGAUCAAUGUGACGCGGCCGACGGCGAUCAAGAUGGUGCGGCCGACGCAGACGUCCCCGGAUCUGAACUUUCUAUCGACAUCAACGAGUUGGCGUUUUUCAACGGACAACCAGCAGCCGGACCGCAGGCUGACAAACAACCGGCUGAACCGGAGGCCCCACAAGAAUGCCAGUUCGGCGAUGAGAGCGACAACGGUAAUAUGAACGAACCAUCUUGCGCUGAAGAGUGUUUUUACUUAAGCUUAUCGAACUGCGGUUGUACAAUACAAUAA